UCGCGCGCGUAGCCGAGAGGUCAGGUCCUUCGUGGUGGUGCGGUAGUGCUUCCGCGGCGGCAGACCGCGCACUGCGAGAGUCGCAGUCGAUAGUCGCGCGGAGUUGUACGUGGAUACAGUUGGUACGCGGGACGAGAGAGAGAGAGAGAGCGAGAGAGAGAGAAAAAGAAAGAAAGAGAGAGAAAACGGUUCGAGUUUCGCGAGGGACGGCAGCGGAAGAGCGCCUCGGCUCCGCACGAGACGACGACGUGCGUGAUCAGCUUCGUGGAGAGAGAGAGAGAGAGAGAGAGGCAUCCUCGUGCCGCGUCCGUUUCCGCGCUCGGCGUGAGUUAUCCGCGCACCGUUUUCGUCAACAUCACGCUGGCUAUGUAGCGCGCCGGUUUUGUAAAUGAAGCAGCGGCGGCGUAUACCGCGCUCGCGUGCCGAGGGGAGGAGAAGAGCGCCUGCCGCUGUAACCGCGGCGGCCGCGGGGGCGAUGGGAAUGGCGCGCAAAUGCUGCGUGCGUAGCUGCGAGGCGGACGUGCGGGAGGCGCGCGCCAAAGGACUGCCGCUUCACAAGUUCCCCAAGGACGCCGCGUUGAGGGACAGGUGGUUGGCCAGCGGCGGAUUCGAGGCGAGCUUCAAGCCGACGCCGGGCCAGGUAGUCUGCCAUCGGCAUUUCAAACGCGCCGAUUACGAAGCCGCCGCGCGGGGCCACAAGUUCCUGCUGAAGCGUGGCAGCGUACCCACCGUCUUCGCCGACUAUGACAAUCAUCCAGAUCCUGUGAUUAUGUCAGUGAAAUCUUCGACAUCAUAUGCACAGGAAGACCUGGACCUGAUCAACUCAGAGAUACUGAAUCUGGAACAUUCUAUCUCACCGUCAUUGUCCGAAGCGAGGACGCCUAAAUCUGACAGUUGCGGUGAGCCUUGUUAUUCCAGGCCUGAAUCUUCCGCAGAUUCCUUGAAUCCUCUGGAUAACGUGGAAUUGGUAGACGCCGCGUACAAAAUGACGACCCCGAAGGAAGAAACUGUGACAACGGUGAAAGAAAAGUCGGUGGAAAAUUCAGAUAGUAAAGUGAACACGGUAGCCGUGCAGCUUGGUAUCGUCGAGCCAGGAACAAUGAAAACUGUCGCCAAAGAUCUAACGAUAAAGGAUGAAUUGAAGGACAUUAAAUUAUCCGAUGACAAGGAGUUCGAUAAAGUGGAGGAAAUAAAACCAAAAGUUUUAAGUAGAGACGGAUUAAAGUUUUAUCCCGGUGCCAAAUUGGAAGCUAAAGACUUUAGUGAGAAGUGGUAUUGUGCAAAAGUGGUGGAAGCUGACUGGGAUGAAAGGGAAGUUCUAGUACAUUUUGAUAAAUGGAGUUCGAGGUACGACGAAUGGAUACCAAUGGAUAGUUCCAGGCUUCGUGAAUUACAAUCUCUGCCAAACGAACAAACUUGGAUCCCACCAUCUCCAUUUCGCACCUCCAGGGAAACAAAAGUGAGGGAGUUUUCAGUGGGAGAAAGGAUACUCGCCACGUGGGCGGACGGUAGGAAAUAUCCAGCCAAAGUGAAUGCGGUCUUGACUAAUGAUAGAUACGAUGUAUUGUUCGAUGAUGGAUACGGGAAGGUCGUCAAGUCGUCGAAAAUGACCAAAAUCGCUGCAACUCCGACUAAGCAAUUGAAUGAACUGGAUGGAUAUAUUGGCAGCAAACAGGAAAGAAGAGACAAAAAACGGAAACAUACAAUUAUGGAGUUAUUUCAUACUAACUCUAGGAAGCGUAUAAAAACUGAUACUGACAAAACACCAAAGAAAGUGGAAACUGUUGUUAAGGAGAGCACAGAAAGCAUCAUAGAACCUAAGAUCGAGCUGGACGGUACAAUGUACGGUCCUUGUUUCGAACCCGACACAAAUUUGUUGAAAGGAUUUGACACCAAUUUUGCGAAGAUCAAAUCAUACUCAAAGAAAAGCAAGAAGGAAUUGCCCAAAAUUGAUACGGAUCAUGAAGAAGACGUUGGUCCUGAAUGGAUUGACGGAGAACCACAAGGAACAGAAUCUUAUAUUGUAGAUGGUAACGAUGGACCACGUCGAUCUAUAAUCAUAUCGGACAAGAGAUUGCCACCCGGUUGGGAAAAGCACUUUACGCAAAGGAAAGCUGGUACAUCAGCAGGGAAAUGGGAUGUGCUGUUCAUACACAAGCAGACGGGGAAGAAAUUCCGAUCUAGGAACGACAUCCGAAUAUUUAUGGAAAACCAAGGACAGUUGGAUUUCGACCCUGAAAAAUUUGAUUUCUGCAUACAUCGUAAGAAACGGAACAACGCGCAUCGCGUCAAGCAGGAGGUCACACCGGAGGCACCGAAGAAGAUCAAAACCUUGUUGCCCAAAACGAAAGCGUUAUCCACACCUGAAAGUACAGUGAUUACUGCGAGUUCUCUCGAUACUCCGCCUGUUGUUUCGACGCCUACUACAUCUGCUGCGGAUGGCGAAGUGAACUAUUCCGUUUUCAUCGGUGGACUUCGUGUGGAAAUGGAAGAUAGCGCUUACAAGUGUCCCAAGGAGGGAUGCAAUAAGAAUUUCCGAAAGGAAAAUUUAUUGCAAAUGCACAUCAAACACUAUCAUCCAGAAUACUCCAAGUUUUUGGGGUCUACACCAAAAGUUGAAGAUUUGGCUUACGCAAGAACAAUUGGAGAAUCUAUAGAAGACAUUAUCCCGAAAAAGUCGACGCCUUUCCUAGAGAAGAUUAACAAACUCGGAAAGAAGAGAUCUCUCCCGGACAAGCCUUCAUCCAGCAAUUUAUUGCAGCCAGUAUUGAACACCGUGCAGCCCGCAUCUCCUUCGGUAUCAGUUCCAUUGAUACCGGAAUUGGAAGAGGAAAUGGAUCAGUCGGAAAAGUGCAAUGACUUGCAGAAGGACGAUAUGAAGAUCGAAACGAUGUCUCCGAUAUCCAUUCACAGCAUGGAGGUAGACGACGACGUCGAGAAGAAAAGGGAGAAUACCGGCGCUAUGUCUCCUACCACAUUAUUCGACAUGAAAGUCAAGGAAGAGAAAACACAAGUUGGCAUUAAAACUUUGUUACCUGUGAGGCCACCCGCAACGUCGGAGUCGCAGAAAAUCGACAGGGCGAAACCUGUGGAUGAGAUGAUGCACGUCGAACGUACGAAAGGUUCGAAGAAGAGGCAAUCCGAGUAUAACAUGCACUUAUCGGCCAAAGGAAAGAAACGACAUGGCAUGUCAGAUCUCAUCGAUAGUUUCGGUGACUUAGAUGAUAGCGCUUUGGAUGUUGAGGGGCCGACGGCACUCAUGUACAGAUAUAGCCGUAGAAAAUCCGACUCCAAGAGCGAUGAAAAUAGUCAAAAUAGUCAACUAAAUGAUUCUCGCAUUGAAAAAGGCGAUCCCUUAAAAGGGGAUACUAUCAAAACUGAUAUUAAUAAUGAUGCAGAAGAAAGCGAAGGAGUGAUGAUGAUGAUCAACGGUGAGAUGGUAAAAGUGGAACAACUUCGGAGAGAGGAAAUAAUAAACUGCACGUGUGGUUUUAUGGAAGAGGACGGUCUGAUGAUACAGUGCGAUCUCUGUCUCUGCUGGCAACACGGUCACUGCAAUGCGAUCGAAAGGGAGAAAGACGUUCCCGAAAAAUAUAUCUGUUACAUAUGUCAACAUCCGUAUCGUCAAAGGCCAUCGAAAAAGUACUUUCACGAUCAAGACUGGAUCAAGGAAGGAAAAUUACCAAGUUUACCUAAUCGCACUCGCGAUCAGUAUAUGAUAAACCAAAGGACCGCGAUGUUGAAACGGUCUUACGACUUGGUCGGUGCGCUCCUGCAAAUUCAGCAAAUUCUUCAUAGCCUGCGUGUGAAGAUCAAUGUAGCUCAACAGAAGGAUCAUCCCAAACUGUAUCUUUGGGCUAAAAAUUGGGAGAAGACGGAUAUACCAAAGGUAGACAUCGAACCGAUACCAAUAAUGGAAAUAACGAAAUUAGGUGCGGAUUCUAUCGACAUAGGUUCUGAGAGUUUGCGACGUAUUGAGCCAAAGAUAGAAACUAAAUUGUCUCUGAAAGAUGAUCAAGACGAAAAGUCGAUCGCCUCGGACUCGGAAUUGAUGAAAAUAUUGGAAGAAGACAGCACACAUUCCGACGAAUCCAGAGUCACCGGUAAAAGGGAAAGUUUAAUCAAUUCAAAGGAUAGUCAUAUACUUUUGGACACGUUAACGAGUAGCAAUUCCGACGUGAAACAAAGGAGCAUUGAUGCAGAUAUUAAAACAGAGAAUAUUGGUUUGCUAACUGAAAAAAGCAUGAUCGAUAACUCAGUGUCUGAAAAUCUGAGUUCGAGCUCGCUCAUUAAUAACGCUCAACAAGAAUCUGGUAUGGUUAAUGUCGAGAACGAAAUCGCCACACCUUUACAACCUUUCAUACCGGAACCUGAAGCGCCAAUCGAUCCAUCUGAGUGUCGAAUGAGAUUGUUGGAACACAUCGAACAUUUCCAGUGUCACAUUGAGUCGAGAUUGCAGUCAAUAGAUGCGCAAGUUUGUGCUCUGGAAGCGAUGGAUGUGGAAGAACUUGUUCCAAGUCCAAACGCUCAGUCGCGUCUCAAACAAACAGUGCAGAUGCUGCUGCGUGAUUUAAGUACCGUUCGGAAGUUGGCGGCGUUGUGCUGAAUAAAUUAUUAAAACUUUAACUUGAAAAAAAAACAUCUACAUCUACAUAUAUAUACAUAUAUAUAUAUAUAAUGUAAAAAAUAUAUAUAGUGAAAUUUAGCUCUCAUCUACGAUGGUUAUUGACGAGCUUAGUGCGAUAGCAAGUGUCUACUACCUGGGAAACUUGGAAUUCUUAAGGAACUUAUGCCUGAAAAUAUCAGAGAAUUCUCAGGGAAUUUGAUUGAAAAUCGGGGAAUUUUAAAUAGACAUUUGUCUGCAGGCCAGAUUGUCGCGUUGUCCGUAGACAAAUAUUGUUUGGUUAGUAAAAUUUUGUUUAAUAUUUUUUCCAUUAAGAAUCAUAGAAAAAAAUAGUUUAAGAUCUUUGGAUAUGAUUUUUAAUUAAUUUUAAAUAAUAAGGAAUAACGUGCUAUAUAAAUCGUAGGCACGAACUUAUUAAUAUUCUGUAUAUAUAUGCACAUUUAAGGUUGUUUUUAAGUUUUUGUUUAAGGCUCGGCUCCCACCGUUAGCUAAAUUGGUUUUGUGACGUCAUAGGCGGGAAGUAAUAUAUAUAAAAUUCCUUGCGUUAUAUAGUUCUAUUAAUUUUUUUUUCCGUUGGAAGACACAAUGAUUUCGUGACCUUGAAACUUGUAAAAAUGUGCAGAAAACUGAAAUACCUGGCCGAUGUGUCAUGUAGAAUCGCAAAAUAAUUCUUGAAAUAACGGAUCAUUUUUCAGCCAUCUCAGCUAUCAUGGCCACAUGAAUAUGACUGAAAGAUGACCCGUUUCUUCAAGAAGUAAUUUGCAAUUUUACUUGACAUUGGCCAGAUAUCUUAGCUUUCUGCAUAUUUUACAGGUCUCAAGAUUACGAAAUCAUUGUUAUCUAGGGAAAAUUAAAAAAUAAAGUUAUAUAACGCGAGAAACUUACUGCAUAUCAUUUCUCGCCUAUGACGUCACAAAACUAUUACGGCUAGCGGAGGGAGCCGAGCCUAUUUAAAUAUUAACACUUUUUUAUGUUUAUAAUAGAUUAUCUUUUGUUCUAUAUCUACGUAUAUAAUUUAAAUGUUUAAUUAUAUUGCUUUGAUGUUUAGCAUAUUGAUUUGAUGAUUAAUCCGAUAUUCGAUAUUGAAGUCAACGAAUUUGGAUUAAGUGCAAUUUUGUUUAAGACAGAUAUUUAUUUCAAUAGAC